AUGGCUAGUAAGUUUAUUGCAUCUGAACUGGCAAAGAUAGAACGUCUUAAUGGUUCCAACUAUGCAGAGGCGCUUGACCUCGACUGGUACGCCCUCCUCCAGCUCCCUCACCCUCAUGUUAGUUCUAUGACGCUUCCUGUUAGUUCUGUGGUGUUUCCUAAUAUAAGAGGACAAGGUUAUGAUGGAGCUAGCAAUAUGCGAGGUGCAUGGAGUGGGCUAAAAAGUUUAUUUUUGCAAGAAUGUCCAUAUGCAUACUAUGUUCAUUGCUUUGCCCACCGCUUACAACUUGCAUUAGUUGCAGCAUCAGGCGAAUUAUCUGGCAUUGAGUUAUUCUUUCAGAUGUUGAAUUGCAUUGUGAAUUUGGUUCGUGUUUCUCCUAAGCGGAAUCAACAACUAAGAGCUGCACAAAGGGAAGAAGUUGAAAAUUUGAUGGAAAGAGGUGAAUUACAAACAAGUACUGGAGGUAAUCAGCAGACUACUUUGAGACGACCUGCUUCUACUCGUUGGGGCUCACACUAUUCUUCUGCUUGUAGUUUGCUUGGUUUGUAUAAACCCGUGUGGAAAGUUCUUGGUAUUAUAAAGGCAGAUGGGUUGAAUAGAAAAAUCCGUGCAGAAGCUAGUGGUGGGUUUACUACAAUGGGUUCAUUUGACUUUGUUUUUACCUUACACUUAAUGGUUGAAAUAAUGGGAGUAACAGAAGUACUUUGUCAAUCAUUGCAAAGAAAAGAUCAAGAUAUUUUAACUGGUAUGGAUUCUAUAUCUAUCACAAAAACUCUUCUCUGUGACUUGAAAGGUGAUGACAAAUGGCAAAAUUUUCUACAGUCUGUAGUAUCCUUUUGUAUGAAACAUGAAAUUGAUAUACCCGAUAUGAGUUCUCGUUAUGUGAAGGGCACAGGUCGUUCUUGUCAGCAGAGUGAUGAAAUUAUAAUUGAGUGA